AUGAGCUCAAGUAUUCCACCUUGGCGUGCGACCGCCUCGGUGCACUCAGCGCCAACCACCUUCCCAACAUCUGCGACCCCUGCCUAUAUCCCGGUGCAAGCACGUCGUAGCCUGAACCAUAAUAAACCCAACUAUCCAACCACAAAUGGAACGACACACCAAAGCCCCUCGUCGCCAGCAGAUGCAGCCCAGCCACGCGUGGCGUUUCCUCCCCCUGUUCGCUCUUACGUGCAGCGGUGCUUCGCUCCGGAGAACGAAAUACCCAGCGUGGGUAACACUGAGAUGCAAGAGAAGCUGCGACAAGUCAUUACCGAUGCAGCAGAAGGCGGUCGACUUCACACUAUUGACUGGGACAAACUGCAACUACCACAGGUCAUGAUUCAAAAUGAACGCAAUAAGAUCCUGGCCAACCCUAGCGUCUCAAGCUGGGCCGGUACUAGUCAACCUUCCUCCCCAGCAGAUGCCUCGCGCAAGCGAAAAUCAACAGACAACCUUGAUCCGUCUGGGUCUGCCUCGCCGCCGUGGCGAAAAACUAACAAUCGCAAUCGUUUUGAAGAUCGAGUCACUUACCCAACCACAGGAAAGAAGAACCACAUGAAACUGGACCAGUCUAGUAAGUCCAAAGCUAAUUUGGAAAUGAGGAAAAAACGUUUUGAGGGAGCCGGCGUCAACUAUGGAAAUUCGAGUACCUCCUCCCCCGUUGAUUCUCCUAGACCCGAAGUGGACCAAGGACCCGUUGUGGGACGAUGCCAGACCCUGGAGAAGAACUACUUCCGUUUGACUUCUGCACCAAACCCGGAUACUGUUCGCCCUUUGCCUGUCCUGAAAAAGACCCUGGAUUUGCUGAAGAAAAAGUGGAAGAAGGAGGGCAACUACGGGUACAUCUGUGAUCAAUUUAAAUCCCUUCGCCAGGAUUUGACAGUUCAACACAUCCGGAAUGAGUUCACUGUGAAUGUUUAUGAGAUUCAUGCCCGUAUCGCGUUGGAGAAGGGGGACCUUGGUGAGUAUAAUCAGUGUCAAACCCAACUGCGUGUCUUGUAUGCGCAGAAACUGGGCGGCAACCCGACCGAAUUCAAGGCCUAUCGUAUUCUCUAUUUCAUUUACACCCGCAACUGGACGGCCAUGAAUGAUGCGCUUGCCGACGUGACUGCAGAGGAUAAGAAGGAUCUUGCUGUCAAGCAUGCUCUUGAUGUUCGUUCUGCUCUCGCGCUCGGUAACUACCAUCGUUUCUUUUCUCUUUACUUGGACACCCCGAAUAUGGGAGCAUACCUUAUGGAUAUGUUUGUCGAUCGUGAGCGGUUGAGUGCCCUCGCUGCCAUUUGCAGAGCAUACAAGCCCGACGUACAAAUCCGAUUCAUCACAGAGGAGUUGGGUUUUGAGUCCGAUGAACAAGCCGCACGUUUCGUUCUAGAGCAAUCUCCUCCGGAGUUACUCGAAGAGAAACAAGGGACUGUGAAGUUGUUGACUGGCAAGGCGGGCCUGUUGUUCGAAAAUGCUAAGGCAGAAGCUCACCGCGUCGUUGACAUCAAAGGUCAAAUCUGA